CUCCUGGGAAGGGGCCUGGGAGAUGGAGACACAGGUUCUUGAGAAGUUUAUCUUCAUGGUGUAGUGGGAAGCGCAAAGACCUACAUUCAUCUCUCCUCCCCUAUAGCCCAAGAAGCUCCCAAAUCCACUCUGCGCUCAUGCCCAUUCUCAGAAACAGCUUCUCAGGCACCUCAGCUGGAGGCUGGAGCCUUCCCGCAGGAGCAGGCCUGGGUCUCCACACAGACUGCUUUGGAAUCAUGAGAGAUGAAAUUGCAACAGCAGUUUUUUUUGUCACGAGAUUGGUGAAAAAACACGAGAAACUGAGUGCACAACAGAUAGAAGCCUUUGCACUAAAGCUGAUGACCAUCUUGUUUGAAAAGUAUCGAGGUCAUUGGCACCCUGACUGCCCUUCCAAGGGCCAGGCUUUUAGGUGUAUCAGGAUAAACAACAAUGAGAAUAAAGACCCUAUUUUAGAAAGGGCUUGUUCUGAGAGUAAUGUGAAUUUUUUUCACCUGGGACUUCCAAAGGAGUUGACCAUAUGGGUCGAUCCCUUUGAGGUGUGCUGUAGGUAUGGUGAAAAAAAGCAUCCCUUUACAAUUGCUUCUUUUAGAGGCAGAUGGGAGAACUGGGAACUAGCUCAGCACAUCAGCUAUGCAGUUAACUGCAGUAGUUCUGACUGUUCAGACUUCACUUCUGAGUUAUGGGCUCAUAGUCUCAAGAGUUGUCUAUCAGUCCAGUGACCUUCACAUGUUGUUUCUCCUGUCUCUCCUUACCAGGUUGAAAACUUCAAACAGUCCUUCCAACCGUGGCUCUGCCUCCCCCGUAGAAAGCAUUUGGCAGAUGGUCGUGGGGGCCUCCUGGGGACUGCUUACCACCCAGUGCCCAGGAACCCUAAGUGGUGCAGGCCUGCUGGGCGCCGGGUGGACAGGUACCACUGGAUCAACACCCAGCUGUACAGUGGUCAGGCAGCACCGAGCAAGCUCGAAGGAGAGGCCUUGUCUUCCCUAGAGCACAAAUGAGGCUAAAGCCAGGAAAAGCUCCACUCGCAAGAACUCUCAGGGGUGAGAGUGCCGCACAAGGUGAAACCUUGCACACAGGUCACCACUCGGCUUUUAGCUAUCCUUUUAAUUCUUAUUUAACUUUAUAUACAAUUUUAUGUAACACUAGUGACUGUAUGUGUCUAGUAAAGUGAUUGAAUGAGAUAUUGCCUGUGAUAAAAUAAAAUUAAUUAUGGGAAGGAAGAGUUGAAAUAAAUGUACUGUGUUUUUAACAAA